UCAGAUAUAGGCAUACUUAGUCAGAAAAUGUAACCACUUCCUGAUUUCUCUGUCAAUGCAAUCGUUAAAAGACAUCCAUAUAUAUAAAAGGCAAGACACCACUCACCUGUGGCUCAAAGAGAGAGAGCUGGUAAGGCAAGAUGAAGGUUUGGGCUGGUUCCUACCUGAUUUUCCUGGUUGCUAGUUCUGUGGAGGGAGAAGUCUCAAAUCAUGAUACUGGAGGACUCCAGGACACUGAAGCCACUUGUUGUGCACACCAGAACUUGCCUGAACUGACCCAUUCAACCAUCCCUAUUCUUCCCCUAGAGACAGAAACCAGAAACUGCAAGGACCUCCUGGAACGUGGGGAGACUCUGAGUGGCUGGUACACAAUCUACCCAACCAAGGGAAACCCAAUGCUGGUGUUUUGUGACAUGGAGACAGAUGGAGGAGGCUGGUUGCUCUUCCAGAGGCGGCAGGAUGGAUCUAUCAAUUUCUACCGUGACUGGGAAUCAUAUAAGAAAGGAUUCGGAAGUCAAGGAUCAGAAUUCUGGCUGGGCAAUGAUAAGAUCCAUCUUCUCACCAGUUCUGGAACACAGCAGUUGCGGAUUGAUCUGGAAGAUUUCAAUGGUUCCAGGACCUUUGCAACAUAUUCCAGUUUCAGAAUUGCAAAUGAAUGUGAAAAUUACAGGCUAACUGUGGGUUCCUAUUUAGGUGGCAAUAUGGGUGAUUCUUUCUCGGCGCAUAAUCACUCUGCAUUCUCUACCAAAGACAGAGACAAUGAUAUUGAUGGUGGAAAUUGUGCUGUAUAUUUCAAAGGAGGCUGGUGGUACCAUAAAUGCCAUGCUUCCAACCUGAAUGGCCUGUAUCACAAAGGGGAACAUACCUCUUAUGCUGAUGGCAUCAACUGGGCUACCAGAAAAGGGUACUAUUAUUCUUACAAGUAUGCAGAUAUGAAAGUUAGACCACAAUAAAUGAAACCACAGUUUGACAGAUUCUUCAACAGACAUCACCUCAAAAGUACUAGCAGAUUAAUAUCCUUCUCUAUUUUCUACCUGAAAAAAACCAA